AGACUCGCAGUCUCGUACAUAAAACCCGUGCGCCAUAGGCGCUAGCCAACCUUGCGCUAACGCACGCCCAUGCCAUCAAAACCUCCCGAUUUACCCAACGGGUCCGCGAAUUUGCACGCGCAAACCGCGGGCGCCUUCUGAUCGAGCAGCCCUUACUUAGGCUAAACCCCCCACGUUUCAUGGCAGCGCCGCUGCCGGUGACUCGCGCCGACGACAGCGGCGGGGCGCCCGCCCAGGGGGGCGGCGCGGAGGCGCGGAGGGCGGUCACGGCGCUGCUGUUCCUGGCGGCCGUCGCGCUCCCGUGCCUUGUGCUGUACCGCGCCAUGGCGCCAGGGGCCAUGCUCCUGCGGCCCGGUGCCGCCGCCGUGCCGUGGCGGCUGACCGCGACGGACGCACCGCGCGUCAACGCCGACCUGGACGGUGACGACGCGCGGCUGGAGCGAGUCCUGAGGGAGGCCGCGAUGGCGAACGACACGGUGAUCCUGACGACGCUGAACUCGGCGUGGUCGGAGCCCGGCUCGGUGGUGGACAUCUUCCUGGAGAGCUUCCGGAUCGGCGAGAGCACCAGGGAGCUCCUGGACCACCUCGUCAUCGUCUCUCUGGACACGACGGCGCACGCGCGCUGCAAGCGGAUACACCGGCACUGCUUCGCGCUCGUCACCGACGGCGUGGACUUCAGCGGGCAGAAGAACUUCAUGACUGAUGGAUACCUCAAGAUGAUGUGGAGGAGGAUUGACUUCCUCAGGCAAGUUCUUGAGAAAGGAUACAGCUUCAUUUGCACGGACACGGACAUUGUGUGGUUGAGGAACCCGCUGCCGCACUUUUAUCCAGACGGGGACUUCCAGAUCGCGUGCGACCAUUUCACCGGUGACCCGGACGACCUGGGCAACAACCCCAACGGCGGGUUCACGUACGUGCGGUCCAACACAGAGACGAUCGAGUUCUACAAGUUCUGGUACGCGGCGCGGGAGAAGCACCCGGGGCUCCACGACCAGGACGUGCUCAACUUCAUCAAGCGCGACCCCUACGUCGCCGAGCUCGGCAUCGGGAUCAAGUUCCUCAGCACCGAGCUCUUCGGCGGUCUCUGCGAGCCCAGCCGGAACAUGAGCAGGGUCUGCACCAUGCACGCCAACUGCUGCAUCGGGCUGAACCGGAAGAUCAAUGACCUCAACGCCAUGCUCCGCGACUGGAGGAGGUUCAUGGCGCUACCGCCCAAAGAUAAGCAUUCUGUUUCCUGGACUGUACCACAAAACUGCAGUCUUCAGAAAUUGGAGCAGUAGGGCAUGGAGGAUGCCAGAAAAAAAAAACGUGUGAAGUUACAAGCUCCUUUUUGUUCUUUUGUACCGUAGAUAGAUGACAUUAACCAAGCCAAACUGCUGACUGCCCUUGUGAAUCAUUCGGACAUUCUAACUCCUUAGUAAGUUAGGAAGAGGUGGAAUCGACUGAGUACGGUUGAAGCAACCUCACAUGAUCCAGGAGGCCAGAAACAAUUUCCAGCACAAGUUCUUUAUGGAAAUCUUCUCUAUUGCAGCCUGAGAGAUCUGGAAACAACAGAACGCUAAGAUCUUUGAAAGAUCUUCGGCAAACUUCUAUAGAUGGAGGGAUAGUUUCAAGGAGACUGUUUUUGCUCAAUCUCAUAGAAUGAACCAUUCUCUUAAAUUGUUGGUUUUAGACUGGCCGCAGAAUUUUGGUUGAUGCUUUUCAUUUUGUUUUUCUCUUCUUCCUCUUCUCUUUUUGUUCCUCUCUGUAUAUAUGCUCUCUUCUUUUAAUAAAAAGUCGUGCAGUGGGGGCUUCCCUCACUGUUUUCAGUUAAAAAAGGGUUGAAGCAACCAAAUGUAACUUCAGGAAAUAUACAAAAGCUGUUAACUGA